CCUCCCGUAGGAGAGUACUUGGAAGGAGAAAAUGCGUCAUUACCCAUUCCCACAACUGUUGAUGUACCACCAGUCGUCACUCAGGGACCUGUCUCUGUGACGGCUCCAUUGGUAAGUACACACAUGAAUGAAGCAGUUACAGUUGAAGGAACACGAGUGACUACAGUGCCACAUACGAUUGUUCAUCAUGACUCUUCAGCUAGGGCCACUUCGCAUGCCGCGAUGCAUGGGGUAAUCAGUGACGUUGACGAAGCUAAAGGCAGGCUGGAGACUUUGGAGGAAAGAUUAAGGGCUAUUGAAGGGGUGGAAAGCUAUGGGUUUGGAGAUGUUGCAAGACUAAGCUUGGCUCCUAGUGUGAAGAUACCACAUAAGUUCAAGGCGCUAGAUUUUGAGAAGUAUAAGGGUAGUACAUGCCCUAAAAGUCAUCUGACUAUGUAUUGCAGAAAGAUGGCUGCACAUGCCUAUGAUAACCAGCUACUUAUCCACGUUUUCCAAGAUAGUUUGGCUGGGGUAGCCCUAAACUGGUAUACCCAUUUAGAGCCAUCUCGAAUCCGCUGUUGGGCGGAUCUGGCUGACGCCUUUGUAAAACAGUACAUAUACAACACCCAUGUUGCACCUGACCGUCUGCAAUUGCAGAAUAUGGGAAAGAGAGAUAAUGAAACUUUCAAGGAGUAUGCCCAACGAUGGAGAGAAUUAGCCGCGCAAGUUGAGCCGCCUUUGUUUGAUAGAGAGAUGGUGGCCAUGUUUGUAAAUACUCUCCAGUCGCCAUUUUAUGAACAUAUGGUGGGGAAUGUGUCCGUCAAUUUUGCUGAUGUCAUCAUAAUUGGCGAAAGAAUAGAAAUUGGGUUGAAAAAUGGAAAGAUUGUGCAUGGCUCGCCCGCAGCUGCAAACUUAAAAAAAAUCCGACCCCAGCAACAACAAGGGUAUUAUCAACCGCAGCGAAUCCCAAAUGAAGCAUGGAGGACUGGGGCAAAUACCGAUCUGAAUCCGAAUGCAGGUCAAAACACCAACCCGAGAAGGAAUCAAUUUGUUAGAUUCACUCCCGUCCCUAUGACUUACACGGAGUUAUUACCUCAACUCAUAAAAAAGGGUUUGGUUGCCAUUUGCCCGAUGAAGCCUGUACAACCGCCAUACCCAAGGGAUUAUGAUGCAGAUGCUAAGUGUAUUUACCAUGGAGGAGGCGUUGGUCAUUCAAUUGAGCGGUGUAUCGCUUUCAAGUAUAAGGUACAGGCUCUGAUCGACUCUGGGUGGUUAAAGUUUCAAGAAGAUAAGCCUAGCAUCGAGGAUAACCCAUUGUCCGGGCACGGGAGUACCUCGACAAACGCCAUCGAGGCUGAAAAACAUGAGUUGAUAAGAGAUGUGAGUGAAGUCAGGAGUUCUAGAAGGUUUAUUUUCGAGGCAUUGUUAAAAGUGGGCCUAGUAAAAGGUGAUUUUGACAUGGGUACCUCAUGUGCACUUCAUCCAGAUGAUGAGCACUCUAUUGAAGAGUGUUUCGAAUUAGAAGGUAUUCUGCAAGACAUGCUUGACAGAAGUUUGAUGCAAGUAUGCCGCAAAGAUAUAGAGGAGGAAGUGUUUGCACAAACUAGUGGGGAAUUUGAUGUAACUCUGCCGGAACCAUUGGUGAUACAUUUCACUAGAACCACCCCUGCACCGAUGACUGAAGAAAAAUCGACCGUUGUUAUCAGUGUGCCAUCCCCCUUCCCUUACAAAAAUGAGAGAGCUGUCCCUUGGAGAUAUGGGGCAUUUGCGUUGGAAGAAGGAAAAGGUGCAAAUCCAGCCAUUGACAAUAUAUCGGGCAUUGGGGGAAUGACGAGAAGUGGUCGAAUCUUUACACCACCGAAAGUGGCAAGAGAGGGAACCAAUAAUAAUAAAACAACAAUGGCCGCAAAAGCCAGGGAGGCCUUAAAAAGAAAGGGUGCGCAGGUAGAGGAGACCCCUAACAAGGAGGAAAAGAAAGAAAUAUCCGAAGAAGAGGCCUGCGAAUUUUUAAAAUUCAUUCAACAAAGUGAGUAUAAGGUGGUGGAACAGCUAAACCGCAUGCCUGCUCGAAUCUCGUUGCUAGAAUUGCUCAUGCAUUCUACCUCUCACAGAAAAUUGCUGAUGAAGGUACUCAGUGAGGCUCAUGUCGAGCAAGGCAUUUCUCUGAAUAAGUUUGAAAGCAUUGUUGGCAACAUCGUUGCUAAUAAUUACCUCACCUUUACCGAUGAGGAGAUACCUACUGAGGGCAGAGGGCAUAACAAGGCUCUUCAUGUCUCUGUGAAAUGCCUGGACCAUGUUAUAGCAUGUGUUUUGGUAGACAAUGGCUCCUCUUUGAACGUCAUGCCGAAGGUAACAUUGGAGAAGCUACCCUGUGAUGGAAUGCAUAUGAAGCCAAGCUCUAUGAUUGUGAGGGCGUUCGAUGGCAGUAAGAGAGAAGUAAUGGGAGAAGUGGAACUGCCGGUCCAAGUCGGUCCAUGCGUCUUUCAAGUGACAUUCCAAGUCAUGGACAUCCUCCCAGCCUAUAGCUGUCUGUUGGGUCGCCCAUGGAUCCAUUCUGCAGGAGUUGUGCCUUCCACACUUCACCAGAAGCUGAAAUACGUCAUGGGAGAUAAAUUGGUGAUAGUAUUAGGAGAGGAGGAUCUCCUUGUUAGUGGCCCAUCGUCUACACGCUAUAUCGAGGCAGCUGAGGAAGCUCUCGAGACAGCUUUCCAGUCAUUGGAGAUUGUAGGAAAUGCCUACGUGGAGCUGUUCCCAGUAAAUCCGUAUCCGUCACGUGCUUCUAUUAUGAUGGCCAAGGUCUUGCUGAGAGAAGGCUAUACGCAUGGUAAAGGUUUAGGUAAGCAUGGGCAGGGGCAAAUCUUCCCCCUAGAGGUCGUGGAAAAUAAAAAUAGAUAUGGCCUAGGGUACAAGCCCACCAAAGAGGACAGGAAAAGGCUGAUAAGAGAAAGAAGAGAGCGCAGUCUGGCUCGUGCAGAAAGACGUGAACCCAAGAUGGAAAAGAUUCGUAUUUGUGACAUCAAGGAGAGCUUUCGCAGUGCUGGAUGGUUCAACACUGGCCAAAUAGCAGCCGUGGUGGAUGAAGAAAGAUCUGAAAGAUCAAGUUUCGUGUGGGCAUGCUCCUCGGAUGCACCGCUCAGCAAUUGGGAAACUCUGGAUUUACCCGUGAUGCUUAAUUUGAAUAAAAUAUAUGACCAUGAUUGUUUUGAAAAUAACAAUAUCGAUAUUCCUAAUUUUGAGCACCCUAUCAAUAAUACGGAAGAUGAUUGUGAAGAUGAUCCGGAAAUCUCCAGAAUUUUGAAAUUAGUGGAACAAGAGUCUAAAGAGAUAAAACCCCAUUAAGAGGAGGUUGAAAUAUUAAACUUGGGAGAUGAAGAUGAGAUAAAAGAAGUGAAAAUUGGUACUAUCAUGAAAGCAGAAGUGAAAGAAGAGUUGCGUGUCUUAUUGAAGGAGUUUAAGGAUGUAUUUGUUUGGUCGUACAAUGAUAUGCCUGGUCUGGAUACUGAUAUUGUGCAACACAAGCUCCCGCUCAAGCCGGAAUGCCUCCCAGUCCAGCAAAAGUUAAGAAGAAUGAAACCAGAAAUGUCCUUGAAAAUCAAGGAAGAGGUGCAGAAACAAUUUGAUGCAGGGUUUCUGGCUGUGGCAAGAUACCCACAAUGGGUAGCAAACAUUGUACCAGUGCCUAAGAAAGAUGGAAAAGUUCGAAUGUGUGUUGACUAUCGUGAUUUGAACCGUGCAAGUCCAAAAGAUAAUUUCCCUUUACCACACAUCGACACUUUGGUUGAUAACACAGCCAAGUUUUAGCUAUUUUCAUUCAUGGAUGGUUUCUCAGGAUAUAACCAGAUCAAGAUGGCGCCAGAAGAUAUGGAAAAGACAACCUUUAUCACGUUGUGGGGAACCUUUUGUUAUAAGGUGAUGUCAUUUGGACUCAAGAAUGCCGGGGCAACAUAUCAAAGGGCGAUGGUGACACUUUUUCAUGAUAUGAUGCACAAGGAGAUCGAAAUUUAUGUGGAUGACAUGAUUGCAAAGUCUGAAUCGGAAGAAGAACACAUCCUCAACUUGAAGAAAUUAUUUGAGAGAUUGAGAAAGUAUAAACUCAGGUUAAACCCCGCUAAAUGCACAUUUGGAGUGAAAUUCGGGAAGUUGUUGGGUUUUGUGGUUAGCCAAAAGGGGAUAGAAGUGGAUCCUGAUAAAGUGCGAGCGAUAUCAGAAAUGCCUACGCCUAGAACGGAAAAGGAGGUUCGCGGGUUUUUGGGUAGAUUGAACUACAUUGCUAGAUUCAUCUCCCAAUUAACCGCUACUUGUGAAUCGAUGUUCAAGUUGCUACGAAAAAAUCAGGUUGUGGUUUGGAACGAGGAUUGUCAAGCCGCUUUUGAAAAAAUCAAACAAUACCUGCAGGACCCACCUGUAUUGCGUUCACCCGAGCCAGGAAGACCACUCAUUUUGUAUUUAACUGUAUUGGAGAAGUCAAUGGGAUGUGUACUAGGUCAACAUGAUGAAGCUGGGAAAAGAGAGCAUGCAAUAUAUUACUUGAGUAAGAAAUUCACAGACUGCGAACAACGAUAUUCGUCGUUAGAGCGAACCUGUUGUGCACUGGCAUGGGCUGCUCAUCGCUUAAGGCAAUACAUGUUGAGUCACUCUACCUGGUUGAUAUCAAAGAUGGAUCCUAUCAAGUUUAUCUUUGAAAAGCCUGCUCUCACUGGAAGGAUAGCUCGGUGUCAGAUGCUAUUGUCAGAAUAUGACAUUGUAUAUGUUACUCAGAAAUCCGUCAAGGGCAGUGCUCUAGCGGAAUACCUGGCUCAUCAACCCAUUAGCGAUUAUCAACCAAUGCAGCCUGAAUUUCCCGACGAAGAGAUCAUGGCUUCACUCGAAGAGAAUGGAGAAGGCCGAGACGAAGAAGCAUGGACGGUAUUAUUCGAUGGAGCUUCGAAUGUGAUGGGACAUGGAAUAGGGGCAGUGCUUGUUUCUCCAGGGAAGCAGUAUAUACCAAUGACAGCAAGGUUGUGUUUUAAUUGUACGAAUAACAUUGCAGAAUAUGAGGCUUGUGCUAUGGGUAUUCGAGCAGCAAUCGAAUCUAAGGCAAGAGCUCUAGAUGUAUACGGAGAUUCUGCUCUGGUCAUCCACCAGUUGAAUGGAGAAUGGGAGACUAGGGAUACGAAAUUAAUUCCCUACCAGGCUUACAUCAAGGGAUUAAUGGAGCAUUUCGAUUCCAUCACAUUUAACCACAUACCACGAGAAGAAAAUCAAUUGGCGGAUGCGUUGGCUACCUUGUCGUCAAUGUUUGAAGUGGACCAGGACGCAAAAUUACCAAUGAUUGAAAUGAAGAGCCACGCGGAGCCAGCAUAUUGUCAUUUCGUCAAUGAAGAAUUAGACGGUAAACCUUGGUAUUUCGAUAUCAAGCAUUAUCUUAGAACCCGAGAAUACCCUGAGAAAGCAUCCAAAAAUGAUAAAAGGUCGCUAAGGAGAUUGGCGGGCAAUUUUAUUUUGAGUGGGGAUAUUUUAUACAAGAGAAAUCAUGGCAUGGUCCUCCUCAGAUGCGUGGAUGCAAAGGAGGUCGAGCUGAUAUUGAAAGAAGUGCAUGGGGGUACCUUUGGCACGCACAUGAAUGGACACUCGAUGGCCAGGAAGAUAUUGAGAGUUGGUUAUUUUUGGCUGACCAUGGAAAGUGAUUGUUUCAUACAUGUGAGAAAAUGCGAGAAAUGUCAGAAGUAUGCAGAUAUUAUCAAUAUGCCACCUACGACUCUAAGCGUGUUGUCUGCACCAUGGCCAUUUUCGAUGUGGGGGAUAGAUGUCAUUGGAGCUAUAGAGCCAAAGGCGUCGAACGGACAUCGUUUCAUACUGGUCGCAAUUGAUUACUUCACCAAAUGGGUGGAAGCUGCUUCUUACGCUAAUGUGACUAGAAAGGUGGUGACCAGAUUCAUAAAAAGGGAAUUGAUCUGUAGAUACGGGCUCCCUAACAGAAUCAUCACUGAUAACGGUACUAAUCUGAACAACCAGAUGAUGGCAGAGUUAUGUGAGGAAUUCAAGAUUCAUCAUCAUAAUUCUUCUCCUUAUCGUCCAAAGAUGAAUGGGGCGGUAGAGGCUGCCAAUAAGAACAUCAAGAAAAUUGUGCAAAAGAUGGUGGUCACCUAUAAAGAUUGGCACGAAAUGCUUCCUUUUGCUCUACAUGGAUACCGCACAUCGGUGCGAACAUCAACCGGAGCAACACCUUUCUCGCUUGUGUAUGGGAUGGAAGCAGUACUUCCAUUCGAGGUGGAAAUUCCGUCCUUACGAGUGUUAAUGGAAACCCAAUUAGAGGAAGCUGAGUGGGUUCAAGCUCGAUUUGAUCAGCUCAAUCUCAUUGAAGAAAAAAGGUUAACUGCAGUGUGUCAUGGGCAAUUGUACCAAAGAAGAAUGAAAAAGGUGUUUGACAAAAAGGUGCACCCAAGAGAGUUUCAUGAAGGUGAGUUGGUAUUGAAAAAGAUUUUGCCCAUACAAAAAGAUCAUAGAGGCAAGUGGACCCCAAACUAUGAAGGACCAUUUGUGGUAAAAAGGGCAUUCUCUGGUGGGGCACUGAUUCUCACAAGAAUGGAUGGAGAGGAGCUACCGCUACCGGUUAAUUCUGAUGCAGUCAAAAAGUUUUAUGAAUGACGAUUCCGUGAUAGGAGAUGCCAAUAAAGGAUAUUAAUGUUGUUUUUAAAAAACUUACUGCAUUUUGUAUCAUUCAAUAAAUACCUCGUGUUUCCGUUUAUAAUCUUGUACUCGUUAGAAUACUGCAUAUUACGUUGAGCUUUUAAGUAAAUAAUGGAAAAUGAAAGCAUCACGGGUAUAUUCAGCUGGCACAAACUCAGUCCUGAAGGAUGUCGUAAAUAAAAAAAAAAAAAAAAAAAAA